AUGAUGGCCUGGCGGAGCAACAACAAGUCGCGGCAGUCCGGCUCUGGCCUGGCGGACCUCGCCACCCGCCUCACCAAGUGCCUGGCCGAUGCAAACCCUAGCACCAAGCUCGUCUUCUCGCCGCUGUCCAUCUACGUCGCCGUCGCGCUCCUGGCGCCCGGCGCCCGGGGAGGCACCCUGGACGAGGUCCUGCGCCUCCUCGGGGCGCGCUCCCGCGAGGAGCUGGAGGUGUCCAUCUCGCGCAUGGCCGACGACGCGCUCCAGGACCGGUCGAGAUCCGGCGGGACGAGCGUCGCGUCCGCGUGCGGGGUGUGGAACGACAAAAGGCGUCCGCUGAAGCCGGCUUACCGCGAGGCCGUCAUCGGCACGUACAGAGCACAGGCGGAGACCUUGGAUAUCAGGGAGAACGCGGUGGCGGCGGCGCAACACAUCAACGCCUGGGUCGCCGAGGUCACCAGGAACCUCAUCAAGGACGUCGUCUCUGCAGAAACCAUUGACUCGGCCGACGUCGUGCUCACCAACACCAUAUACUUCAAAGGCAGGUGGAACCUGCCAUUCGACGAGAGGGACACCAGAGAUAGGCCGUUCCACCGGCUUAGACCGAACCGCCAUCGACACGCCCUUCAUGUACAACCCCGCCCGCCACUUCAUCGCCGUGCAUGA